GCUACAUCCUGUGUCUGCAAAACCUCAGAUGUCAAAUCCGGCUGAGGUCAAGCAGACUGCAAACUUGAACGGUUUCUGCACAGCAUCUGCACAGAAUGACACCAGUCUGCGCGCUGUGAACGCAUCCUGUUUUUCAGACCCGGAAGGGGACGAAUUCCAAGGAGAAGUGCUUGUAAUGGGCAAAAACAUCCGGGCUGUCAACGACUGCUGCAACACAAAGCUGCCUGGGCAUCCUUUGAUGGAGUAAGAAGGAAGACAAUAUCGUAGACACGUUUUAUAACUAACAGGUCAUCCGCAUUCACGUGUUUAGAAGCUGGUGGCUCACCGCCGGAUCCACAGUCUGUUGCAUUAGAAACACUCGUUUAUAGAAACAACGCGCCGCAUUUGCUUUCUGUUAUUUUCUUUUUCCAGAAAAAGCCAAAUGACGGCAUAAAAUGAGAAACAUCCACCUAUCGCACCAGCUGCUGGGCAACGGAUUUUGUUGUUUAUUGAACAAUAUUUAACACAGUUUGACUGCAGAUGUUAAGGGGGAGUGGAUGGCUGAACUUGUCGAAAGGUUUACCCUGAACUGUCUUUUCAUGGAAACAUAAUUACUUACAAAAAGAAAAACCUUGUGGCAGCGUGCCAGAAGACAAAGGAUCUGUAUCUUGGCAUAACACGUUAACACUGCAUAUUCUCAGUCAAGGCAAAUACGUUAAUUAAGUCUUGAUUUAAUCCAGGUUACACGUUACUCACCGCACCAGUCUAGCCAAUAGAGUGUUGUCAAUAACUUUGUGUUUUUUUUUCUUAACAAAUAGCACGCUUGAGGGAGAAUGUAAGCCUGGAGGCACGAUUUCCCUUAUUUUUGAGGAAAGAAAUUCUGAAUUUGGGCGAUUCAUAGUACUUUUAAAGUCACAUGUACAAUUUAUCUACAUUUAAAGGUAUUAUAAACAAUAGAUACUUGCUACUAUUUAUAUAAUUCACUCAAAACGUGUUAGCAAAAUUUAUUUUAAAUGCUUAUAGAAUAGGAAUUUAAAAGUAUAACGUAUUGUUUCAGAUUUCCAGGAUAAUUAAAAAUAUAUGCAUAGAAUAUAUUUAUUUGUUUACUGCUACUUGUGCUACAUUUUGUAUAACAGUGUGUUGACUUCAAGCAUGAUAUUCCUCUGUAUAAAGUACUUACCGAAAUACAUGUUGAUGACCAAAUGAAAUAAGAGGACUGUGUUUUGUUAUUUUGAAAGACAACUACAGAAGAAUUAGAAAUUGAAGCAACAGCAGCAUCAUAAUGUCAGAGACUGUGGUCGAUUCCUACCCUCUACAUCAAAAUAUAUCGGGGGUAGCACCAAAAAGUCCAUUGUCCUUGCCUGAACAUCUAAUUCCAGGGACCCCAAAUGAUUCCCUGACUCAACCUGAAAACGUUUUAGGAGACGGUCAAAUGGAUAAAUCACCCUUGCCUGUAAUACGGAAAAAGAAAAGUCUUUCCAUUGAAGAGAAAGUGGAUAUUAUAAGUGCUGUGGAAAGUGGGAGGAAGAAAACUGACGUUGCUGCAGAAUACGGAAUAAAGAAAAAUUCUCUGUCCUCCAUAAUAAAAAAUAAGGAUAAGAUCUUGGAUGCCUAUGAAUCUUUCCGGUUCGAUCCCAGCCGAAAGCGGCUAAGGACAGCUACUUAUACAGAUCUCGAAGAGGCCUUAAUGCGAUGGUACCAGAUUUCAUGUUGCCUGAAUGUACCAGUGAACGGACCUAUGUUACGUGUAAAAGCAAACGAUUUUGCACAGAAGUUGGGAUACAAGGACUUCAAGUGCAGCAACGGCUGGCUGGACCGUUUCAAGUCUAGGUACGGCCUGGUGUUCCGUUCUCAGCCUGUGGAGGCCUCUUCUACUCCUGUGGAUACAUCAGCUGUUUGGUACCAAACUGUGCUUCCAUAUUAUUUAAAUGAGUAUCAGCCUAAAAAUGUGUUUAGUGUAGCAGAGACAGGGCUGCUUUAUCAGAUGUUGCCUACCAAUACUUUUGCCUUCAGGGGGGAAACCUGCUCGUUCGGGAAGCAAAGUAGGAAAAUACUAACUGUGGUUGUCGGUGCCAAUGUGGAUGGCACAGAAAAGCUUCCGUUACUGGUGAUCGGCAAAAGCGCUAACCCGUGCUCCUUCAAAAGUGUCAAGUCACUGCCCGUGGAUUACGAGUCCAAUAGCAAGGCAGGCUUGACCGCAGAAGUGUUUGAAAAGUGGGUCCGCAAAAUCGAUGAAAGGUUUCAGGCUCAGCAACGCCGGGUUGCUCUGUUCGUCUGCCAGAGCCCAUCUUAUCCUGAGCUGAAAAACUUGAAGGCCAUCGAGCUCUUGUAUUUGCCUUCCACUGCCAUGCCAAAUGAGCACCCAAUGAAACAAGGGACUAUCAAAAGUCUUAAAGUUAAAUACAGACACCAGCUAAUAAAGAGGUUUGUUGAGUGCGUCGAGAAGAGCAAGGAGUAUACGUUGUCUCUGCUGGACACGGUCGAUAUGCUGCACCUGUGUUGGAGGAAUGUUACACGGGAGACUGUGGCAUACAGCUAUAACAUGGCCAGAUUCAAACCGCAAAACCACGCAGCAGGCGUGGAGGACGUCAGCAUGGAGGAGGAAAACAGGCACAAUCUUAUUGAGCAGGCCCGUGCAGUGGGGGUGGAGUUUCUUGAGGGUUUGUCUUUGGAUCAAUAUACAGAACUGGAUGAGGACUUGAUGGCAUUAGACCCAACAGUACUCAGCGUGGAGAGCCCGGGAAGGAGUGAAGGGACAUCUGAAGAAGCGCUGUCUUUGGGGAAUGAGGAAGAAGAGGAUGAGGAUGAGUAUCUGGGGUCUGAGAUGAUAACUCCUUCCAAGACUGAAACUUUGGCUGCCUUGGCGAUCGUGAAGAGAUUUCUCAGGGCCCAGGAGGUUAACUAUGGUCUCCACAAUUCCGUGGCUGACAUAGAGAAUUUCAUUCAGAGUGAUCCCUCCAAUUGAAUGUUGCUUACCUUACAGAGAAAAUGCUUUAGCAGGUUUGCAAUUCCACAUUUCCUAAAACAGAUUAUAAUGAUUUGAUAUUAUUUUAAUUCAACUUAAGCAGGUGGAUGCUGGAAGGUAAAAUGCUAUAUAUGAUGCCCAGGUAUAUCGCAGUGAGACGUUAGAUUUAUGUCUUUAAUCAGUGGAAAGCAUUAUAAGUGGCAGCCAGGUAAAACCUGUUUACGAGAAGUAAUGUAAUUUUCAAAGAAAACAAUGCAUAUUUGGAGCAUGUAAGGAACACAUUUUAUCUUCGUACAACUUAAUGUCAGUUUUUGAUGUUCUGUUAAUUUUAAAAUGUAUUGUAAAUAUGUACAAAGUAAAAAAGUGCCUAGUACAGUUUUGAUUAACUGCAGUCAUCUGCAGUGAGAUAGUGUCCACUAACAGAAGUUCCUGAUUGGUCACAACUAGAAACUACUGUAUUACUUCAAAUUUAAGACACAGCCCAAAUUUCCCACCCUCAAUUUAAGAAAAAAAUAAAACCUAAAAUAAAUAUGCAUUUACAAAGAUACAACCUCAGUUAUGCAUAUGGAGGCAGCUUCCAUCAGUCUGCUAUCACAGAGCCUUACAGUUAUGUGCUGUGUUGUUUUAAAAAUAAAAGGUUAGUUAGGUGUUAGUGUUCUUUUCUUCUUCGUACACCUGUCAGUAUAAAUAAUUAUUAUGAUUCCGAACUCCGUUGUAGAUUUCAUAAUCAGUAAGACAAUACAAUGUUGUAGUUAAUAUAGACUUAACCUUAUGACAUCACUUUUUUCCUUUAACCCAAUCAGAAGAAAAGUUUCUUAGUUACAGUUAUACAAAUCUCUUAUCAGUCCUUGAAGUAUCUGGCUCAGUCUCAUUAGAAAUGUAACCAGAACCUAUGCUCAAUUUAUGAGUUGUAUUCUAAGACCUAACAAUUAAUUUAUCUCUAAAUAAAAUGUUCCAACACGCUG